GUCCCCGGAUGUUGAGAUUUGUAGCGGUACUUUCCAAUCAGGACACCAGUUGCAAGAGGAAGCCGACAGACAUCUUCGCAAGAAAACGCAGAUUUUUCCUCCAAAUUUUCAGUUUUAUCCGGGAAAUUAUCCUCAACUAUCGUCGAAGCACCAUGAAGACUGUAUUGCUGGUUACUGUCCUGUGUGUGCUGGUGAGCUGUCUUCAGGCAGAGGAAGACACAGCAGCCAGACGGCGCAGAGGCAAGAAGGAGCCUAAGGAAGGCUGCAGUGGCUGGACCUGGCAGUCGUGUGUGCCGGCUAACGGUGACUGUGGGUGGGGACAGAGACAGGGAACUCAGGAGGGACCCAACUGUAAAAUACUCAGUAAGACUAUCAAGUGCCGCAUCCCGUGUGGUAGACGCAAGGAAUAUGGAGACUGCCGUUACCAAAAAGAAUCAUGGGAGUGUGACGCUGACACCAACAUGGAGACCCGAACACUGCAGCUGAAGCGGGCGGUGAAGGGCGCAACCUGCGACCCCGAGGUCACGGAGACAAGGCCGUGCAAGGGAGGUGGGUGGAUGUAUCUCUAAGCAGAUCAUACGGUG